GGUGCUACUGCUGGGCGUGCGCGGGCCCGGCCCGGCAUGGAGGUGGAGGAGGCCUUCGCGCUGGUGGGGCAGAUGGGGCCCUACCAGGUGUAUCUGUGCGCGCUGCUGGCCGUGCUGCUGCAGCUCUAUGUAGCCACUGAAGCUAUCCUCAUUGCACUAGUAGGGGCGACACCUCCCUACCACUGGGACCUCGAAGAGCUCUCAGCCAAUCAAAGCCAUAGCAACCAGUCAACUAAUGAAGAAAGAGCCUUUGGGGAAUGGCUUCUGACAGCCAAUGGGAGUGAAGUUCAUAAGCAUGUGCACUUCAGCAGCAGCUUCACAUCAAUAGCUUCUGAGUGGUUUUUAAUUGGAAACACAUCAUACAAAGUCAGUGUUGCCAGUUCAUUUUUCUUCAGUGGUGUCUUUGUUGGAGUGAUCUCUUUUGGCCAGCUCUCAGAUCGCUUUGGGAGGAAAAAAGUCUAUCUCACAGGUUUUGCCCUUGACAUCCUGUUUGCCAUUGCAAAUGGCUUCUCCCCCUCAUACGAGUUCUUUGCAGUCUCUCGCUUCUUGGUUGGGGUGAUGAAUGGAGGGAUGUCUCUGGUGGCCUUUGUUCUACUGAAUGAAUGUGUGGGCACUGCCUAUUGGGCAUUAGCAGGAUCGAUUGGUGGCCUGUUCUUUGCAGUGGGAAUUGCCCAGUAUGCUAUGUUAGGGUACUUCAUUCGCUCCUGGAGGACUCUGGCAGUUGUGGUUAACCUGGAGGGAACAAUAGUCUUUCUCCUCUCUCUAUUCAUUCCUGAAUCCCCUCGCUGGUUAUACUCACAAGGUCGGCUGAGAGAAGCAGAAAGUGCCCUCUAUCUCAUUGCAAAGAGGAACUGCAAGCAGAAAUGCACUUUUUCACUAAAGCUCCCAGCUGACAGGAGUCACCGAGAGACCGGCAGUUUCUUGGACCUGUUCCGAUACAAGAUCCUGUUAGGGCGCACUUUGAUCAUGAUGUUCAUCUGGUUUGUGUGCAGCUUGGUAUACUAUGGUCUGACUCUCAAUGCAGGUGACUUAGGUGGAAGUAUUUAUGCCAACUUGGCUCUCUCUGGGCUGAUAGAGAUACCUGCCUACCCAAUCUGUAUCUACUUGAUUAACCAAAAAUGGUUUGGCCGAAAACGGACACUGGCAGCAUUCCUGUUCCUGGGGGGACUGGCCUGUUUUAUUAUCAUGUUUCUUCCGGAAAAGAAAGCCACAGGAGUGUUUGCAGUUGUGAACAGCCGUUCUUUGUCUUUACUGGGGAAACUGACAAUCAGUGCAGCAUUUAACAUUGUUUAUAUCUACACAUCAGAGCUUUAUCCUACAGUGAUCAGGAAUGUUGGAAUGGGUUCCUGCUCCAUGUUUUCCCGGGUUGGUGGGAUUAUUGCUCCCUUCAUCCCUUCACUGAAAUCUGUGCAGUGGUCUCUUCCAUACAUCGUGUUUGGAGUGACUGGCCUGUUGUCGGGGCUCCUGAGCUUGUUAUUACCAGAAACACUAAACAGCCCUUUGCUAGAGACGAUAUCGGACCUGCAGGUGUGCUCAUACUGGAGACUGGGGGAUGAAGCUAUGUCAUUGCAAGCACUAGGUGGCUCCCGGUCUGCAGACAAAGAUAGCUCUGCAGGGAGUGAAAGUGAAGAUGAAGAAUUCUAUGAUGCUGAUGAAGAGACCCAAAUGAUCAAGUAACAAGAGGAAACUUUCCUUUUUAUGCCUUUUUUUUAAUUUGUCCAGCCAGGUCCACCCGUAAGAAUAAAACUGGAACUGUCUGCGGGUGAAUUUUAACAGGGCAAGUGCCUCUGCCUUUCCAGCGUUGGGAGAUGAAUUAGAGUACUAUUCAGAUGCAUUACAAUGGUUUGACUGAUGAGCGCUGCUGACUUUUUUUCUUACUCAUGAGAACCAUUCAAAUGUUUGUGGCUCAAAAUUAUGAUUGCAGGCUAGGUUUGAGGCCAAAGAUGGUGGGGAGGUAUUUGAUGUAUUUCUGAAACUUGAACUUGAGAACUGACCCAGCUUGCAGACAGACUUCCGCUGCAUGUGUUCACAUUUUCCCUUCAAGGUGGGCUCAUGUUGAUUUUGAAGCAGCUGAAAUCCAUGAACUUGAAAGGUUUCAACUGGGUUUCUUCAGAUGGAUGACAUCUAAAGAGUUAAACUGGACACAGAAGGUGCUACAGGCCAGUAUGAUGGGAACAAAUUCCCAAAAUCCUCUCAAGUUACCUACAGCACACUGGGAAGAAUGAACUAUGGAUUCUCUACCAGUUCUGCAUCCGCUCAUUGGAGUGGAAUUUCACACCUCAAGUGGUUAGGGAACACCAACAAAAGAUAGCUGUACUCAGUGAUGUUGUAGGGUGGAUGGCUAGAGGAACCAUCAGUUGGAGGGACCAGCUAAUAGGAAAGGGCAGAUGGUCUUAAAUAAAACAGAAAUCCCCAUUAUUGCUGAUCUCUUCUCCCCCAUCUGGCUCCUCUGCCUUGCCCCUCUCAAAACAACUUCCUUUUUUUCGUUUUAUUUUGGUUCUUUCUCACACAGGUUUGUCAUGACAGUCUAUAAAUCUCAGGAUGGCUCUGUAUUUCUGUUGCAUAUUCUGUUUGAUUUUGUUCUUCUCAUCUUUUCUCACUUUGCCAUGUAAACUGAGGGACUUGUUUUUCCAUGGUAUAUAGUGAGUGUCUUAUAGGAGGUAAUUUUACUUUGCUGGGUUUUGCAUUAUUGUGGCUAUCCACGAUUGUGGCUAUGGAGAAAAAUGAGAUAUUCAGUGGUACAGAGUACUGAAAUUGCCUGUGUAGGCUGCUGCUAGUGUCUUGGGGAUCAUUGCAAGAGGAUUCAAGUAUUUAUUUUAUUUUUCUAUAUAUAGAUAAAGUUCUUUGGAAGUUUCUUGAGCCCACAUUCAAUUGAUUACUUGACCUUGCAGAGGGAGAACUGUAUUCUUUUGUUUACACUAAACUUUUUUUAAAGUAUACUGAAAUAGAAGGAUAUUGAGUGUUGAAGUUUUGCCAACUAAUAGAUGUGGCCUUUGGGUACGGAUUCAAUAUUCCUAGUUAGUGUCGACUUUAUCCUCCUAGUUCUGACAGUUGACUUCUAUAUAAUUUUUUGAUAUUAUGGGAUCAAAUUUCAUAUUAAAAGUGUAAAGGUACCUGGUUAUUCUAUUGGAAAAUAAUACAGGGAUCAAAUGAUUGGGGAGAAAGGUGUUUAUUGAACAUAUUCCAGAGUCAGAGCAAAAAACUCAGUUAUUCCAGAAGGAGGCAGAAGAUCAGAUCUGAAACUUAGAACAGGCGCUCUAAACUUUGUCCAGUCAAGAGCUGCAUAGGCAACUUUCUAGGAGCCUAAGAGUUGUAGCUCUGUUACUUAGGUGGGAUGUCAUCAGGGCUGGCUCCAGGCACCAGUGAAGGAAGCAGGUGCUUGGGGCGGCCAAUACAAAGGGGCAGCACUCCAUCCGGUAUCGGGGCAGCACCUCCGGGAAUUCAGCGGCGGGUCCCUCAGUCCCUCUCUUCCUCUUUGAGCUGCUGCUGAAGAGGAAGAGAGGGAGUGAAGGGCCCACUGCUGAAGAAUGAAGUGGCACAAUUGAGCUGCUGCUGACUGGCUUUUUCUUUUUCUCUUUUUUUUUUUUUUUUUUUUUUUUUUGCCGCUUAGGGCAGCAGAGAAGCUGGAGCCGGCCCUGAAUGACAUGCUGCCAUCCUUGUCUGCAGUGCAGAGAGGAAGCCCACAAAGACUAUAUGUUCCCUAGCAUGCAGUACUCCGUCUUGUUCUGAACAGAUUGAUACAGUGCUGUGAAAAUGACGGCGAGCUGUAGUGUGGCUCAGUAGUCUCUGCAGGCAGCACUUCAAUCUGGAAGGUAAAGAGGACUGCUGACUGCACUGUAGACAUCAGCGGAACAUAUUUGACCAUGCUUUGGUCUCACUUGGCUCUUGCACAGCUCUUGUGGAUGUGAUAGCAAAAUUAAUACAACUUUUAAAAACAAAUCUGGAUGUUUUCAGCCUUAUUUAUGCUGACUGAAUGGAGUUCUUGGAGUUAUAAUUAAGUUUGUGUUUUGUGCUUUUUUUUUUUUCUAGUUUGACAUUUGACGCUUUAAAAUAUGGGGAUUAUAAGGAACAUGAGGGGGGAGUUUUUUUUCUUUUCAUUAGGUUCUUGGUGAUUUUUUUUCCUCAAAGGUGCUAAAUGUGCAAUAGCUCUUACCGAAGUUAAUGCUGCAGUACCUAGGAACUGUAUUGAUGCUGUCACAAACCCUAGAUUUCUUAAGGGAUCAAUCUCCACAGUGGAAUCACUGCCUCUUUCUGGCUUUGAGAAGUGGAAAUAGGAACUCCCUUGUGAGACUGACUAGCGCUCUUGGCCUUGUUGGGUAUUUGGUUUUAUCUACAUUCUGGAUUGCUAAAAGGAUGUAGGAUCGUGGUCAAAAUUUGUGAUGGUCCCUAAUUUACAGUCAAAUUUGCCUCCAUUUCAUACAAGCACUCUUGUACAUAUACUCACAAAACCAAGGAUGAGGAAACUUUUAUGUGAAAUAAAUUAAUUGCACUUUUUUUGGAGACCCUUAUACCCACAGAGGCUGCAUUCCUUGGCAAGUAUGGACAGCAUACACUGUAUCUAGGCAGACCAGUAUUGCUAAGCAGAACUCUUCAGAUUGACAAUCCAUGCUCUUCUGAACUCUGCAGCUCGUGCCUGUUUUAAUUAGAGGCCCAAGUCACAAUAUUUAUAUGGCUGCCCUACCUUCAAGUAUAAUCUAAUGGUUCAAUGCUGGCCUGAUUCUAAUUCUUCCCACGUAUGGGCAGCACAUAUUGGACAUCUGCCCAGGGAAACUGUCUAGUAUACACCAGUUCAAAAAGAAAAGUAUCACUGUUAGUGACACUAAAAUAGCACUGAUGAUCUGACAGAUUUAAUCCUUGCAAUUCUUGAUUGAAGUUUGACAAAAUAAGCAUGAGGAGAGCUUUUAUUUCAUUGUUGCUAAGUUAACUUUACAUAAAUGAUCUGCACCGUUCAGAGUUCUUGGUCCUGUAUAGACAUAAGAAUAAAUCCAAGUUGUUAGCUCUUAUCUAUAUUUCCUUGUUUUGUAGAAGUUGUUUUUCAGCCGUCUCUCUUUAUGGGGCUCUACUGGAGAGAACUGAGACUUUCCCACAGCAGAGAUCAGGCCAGCACUGCUUCCAGUGAGACCCAUCUGCUUACCAUUUCCCAAGUCUGUUGGCAGGGUGUGGCAGGGGAUGUGCUCUAACUUCUAGACCAUGUUGACUUGGUCAACAUUUUUCUGUCUUGAAUUUGCUUAUGGAGGCUAUGGCAUUAGCUUCUCAGUUUAUUUUAAAACUGUACUUGAUUCAUGCCAGUAUUUCAAUAUUAUGGGCCCAAUUCUGGCUGGCAGCACAUACGCCAAAAAAUCUGUGGGCAACACCAGGAUUGUAUGAUGGCAGUUAACAUGUACAUGCACACCUCCGGGUGGACCAGCUAAGUCUUUAUGCACAGCUCUUCUUACGUUAAUUCUUUCUAGUGCAGGACUAUGCAUGUAAAUGUCUCAGUACUCUAUUAAUUCAUUGUAGGGUAUUAAAAAGUGGAGGAAAGGUUUUUAGGUGGAAAAAUCUCUAAUUAUAGAAAUCAUAUGGAAAGAGCUUAUUUGAUGUUGUGGUUCAUUCACCUCUAACAUUCAGUGCAGCAUUCUUCAUGACAAUAUAGUUGCCAGUGUCUACUCUGAUCUGCUGUAACCCUCAAAUGACCCAUGUGAUAGGACUAUUCCAGUCUAAUAGAUGUGUUUAAAAGUUACCUUGAAAGUCAGCCUAAAUUUACUUCAGUUUCAUCUCCUCUCUCCUUCUGAUAGCUUAUUGAAUCAUCCUAAAAUAGCUUUGAUUGCAAACCUAGUGAAAAAUAUUAAGAAAAUAUAAAUAGCGAAUUGAUUUUUGUUUACCUUUUUGAUUCAUUUGAAGUGUCCCUAGUGCUGGAGCUCUUUUAAGUGUAGUCCAAAUCAGUUUGGACGGGUGCUAUACAUAAGUAAUUCUAUGAAAUUGGUCUAAGCAGUUGCCAGAUUUCUAAGCUGGAAUGAAACAAUGUCUAAAACUAGUUGUGUGUGUUCAUUUGGCAUUCUUUCACGUGACCAGCUAAGACUAGUAUUUACAAGCAUCUCUCCAUGGAUCUUUAGGACAGAAAAAGGGAAAACUACCUUUGUUUGUUCAUGCCUUAGUGCUCUUUGCACUUUAAUGACCAUUGUUUCUGAAACCCUUCUCACUGCUGGCAGAGACAGUAAUUAGCCAAAGAGAUUAAUAUUAAAAAACAAAGUAUAGAAUUUGCAUAAUUUGAAACAAUUGCCUGUCUCAUAUAUCAUACACAAGUCUGCGGGGUCUUAUUUUAAUUGUAAAUAUCAAAGCUCACUCUUGAAGAUCAGGAUAAACAAGAUAAGACCACUUGCUAGAAUAUUUAAAUUAACUCAUCAGACUUUUAAGAAAUGAUAAUUGAAGGCCACGUGGAGUUUAUAGAAUGAAGAAGGUGAUAGAAUUGGUAUAUUUGAUUGAGAGCAGUGCUAAAUAUUAAAUGUCUAGAAGAGAGUUCAGUUUUCUUUUGGAACACAGUUUAAAAAGCCUCCUCAAAUGUUGGCUGGUAGCAUGUAUACCAGCAAAAAUGCAAACAACUGAGGGAAUGCACAGCAGGAGUUGGCUGCUUCCUGUCUUCAAAAGAUGGUAAAGAGAUUCUAUAUCUCCAGAAAUGGAAUGGGGCAAAGCCAUGAGGUGGCAUAAUUCACCCUUUUAUAACAGACUGUCUGGACCAAUUACUGUUCCCUUUUUAUAUCUGCCCCAUAGUUACAAAUGGUACAUAAGUCUCUAAAACAAAACAUUACUGCUUCAUAGCCAACUUUGUUACUGCUCGCAUUGUUCAUAGUCAAUCAGGAGCCAGAUAAAGUAUGACAAUAAUACUAAUCAGUAAUUCUGAUUCUAAUUGGGAUGGAUUGUAUUUACAGAAAUACUGAACGGCUGUAUUUGAACAGUACGGUAUCCAUGAAGCCUUCUAAAUUCAUGAAGUAUUGCUCAGAUUUUGCCUUCAUUGGUUUUAAAUAAUCAAUAAAAGUUGAAAGGCUGCUAAGUAUUUAGCUGGGAAGAAGCCAACAUCUGUGUAUAAUCUGAAAAGAGUAGAACUUUAUGGAAACAUUUGAUAUUGUCUACACAGAUUAAAAAUAGAAUACCUUAGGGAAAUGCUGCUAAUCUAUUUUCUUCACCUAGAAUUUCAGGUGAGUCUCUAAAUGGUCCAUCUUUAAUUCCAAGGAAAAGUGAAGUCAAAACCUUUUUUUCAUGUUAUUGCUGAAGAUUGAAUGAGAUGCAGUCAUUGUGCAGGUAUAAUUUUUGCUUUAUGAAGAAAAUUUUUGUUGCACUGCAUACUUAAUGGUAGCAGCUUUUCCUUCCUUGAGUUAGUAAUGUUGGAUUUUUUUAAGCUACCUCUUUAAAUUAAUCUUUAUUUGGUACUGAAUAUUACAUUCAAGAGAUUUUAGGAAACUGUGAGGACAAAAUACUUUUCAUUGUCUUGUUUGUAUGCUGCUGGUGAUCCACUGAUUAACUUGAAAGGGGGAAGGACUUAUGGCUUUAAUGUUUUUUACAGUGAAUUUUGAAUAGUGAAUGUAAGUACAGAGGUUAUUUUGGGGUGGGGUAGAGGGUAGUUUUAGAAGGGUUGAACAACCCUGCCUGUCAUUGGUGAUGCUCUGCUCUUCUGAAAACCAGGCCUUUACUGUUCUGAAACCCCUUUGUUGGGUAGAAGAUUGUACUCUGGCACUGUCUUGUUUCUCCUUGCUCUUAGCCUUUCGCAAGCAGUUAAUCGCAUAGGACAAGCAAAUGAAAUUCCUGAAUAGACGAUCAAAUUCUGCCCUCAGUUACCUUUACACAACCCCACUGAUUUCAACUUCCGGCAGAAUUUGGACAUUACCCUGACAGAGAAGCAGCUAACUGGAUGAACUUUGUUUUUUCAACAUCAUAUAACCAAGUUCAGUGCCAGUAUAACUCCCAUUGACUUUGUGAAGUUGUAUCUGCUUACACAAGAAUGGAAUUUGAUACUACAUUCAGAAGAUCUUGCAGGCUGUGGGUUAAGCAAAAAGAUAUCUGGUGAUGAGAGGGGUGGGUUUUUGCUUGGGCCAUGUACCCAGGCAGAAGGUUUUAGAUGUUUGUUUUAUGCAGUGUGUGGGUAUAUAUAUUUUUUUUUUAAUCCUUGAUUUGGACUUCUUGAGCACUGCAUGUAAAGGUCUUUCAGCAUAAAUAUGUGGAUUUAUUGAAUUUUGAAGAUGUCCUUCUAUGAUUAUCUUCUGAUUGCCAUUUCUAGUUCACAGCUAUACGGUUAAAGCCUGGGGGUUGUGGGUGGUUUUUUUUUGUUUGUUUUUAACACCAAGAAGUCACCAUUUGUUCAAGCCUAAAAACAUUAGUUUCCCUGGUGUAUGUCUCUUUUAGUGGUGGCAUUCACUUACACAGUGUGACUAAGUGCUGGGUCCAUCUCUUUUUACGGUGCGUUUGCCACAGAUGACUAAACUGUUGUAACAAAUGUAAAAAUAUUCAGAACAACUAAUGCAGAUUGUUAUAUUUAAUGCAGAUUGUUUGACCGGUAGCUGCUAUAAUUCACUGGAGCUCUGCAAGGUAAAACCAGCAAGUUGGUUCAAGUUUGGAACCUUUUGCAAUGUGAGAUUUUUAAAAAAGGACUCCAUUAAAAUUUUACAGAUUUACACUCCCAAAAUGGGGAUGGGAAGUCUCGGUAAUAACACUAUUUAGCCAGCAAUCAAUAUGGGAUAUGCUCUACAUUCUGGGAGAUGUUAGUUAUUUCUGGGUGACCUUUUGAACAUUUUUAAGACAUUAAUCUUUAAGAUUUCAUAGAUAUUUGUCUGCCGUGGCACAGUAACUUUUAGGUGAUUUGUAAAAACUCUGAAACCACCUCUGACUCAUACAGUUCAUAUAAAUGUCUUUGUGGCUUAUUUUGUGCCUUUUCUUUCCCUAAUGCAAGCUCUCUCAAUAAACACAAGCUGUUCCGGAA